GUGUUACUAUCGCGAUUAUAUACAAUACAACACAACAUGGUGUCUGCAGUUUAAUCGAACUUUAGGUUACCUUCUGUCUAAACGAGAUAAUUCGAAAUGGAAUCCAGUAGUAAAACUGAAUCCACUCCUAAACAAGCAAUGGUGUAUAUUUGUGGAGAAUGCCAUCAUGAUAAUGAAAUUCGUCCUAGAGAUCCUAUUCGAUGCAGAGAAUGUGGCUACAGAAUUAUGUACAAAAAGCGUACAAAACGAUUGGUCGUGUUCGAUGCACGCUGAUGAUUAUUACUGUACAGCACAAAAUAUAUAUGGUUGCCACCCACAAAAUAAACGACACAAAUUAAAUGGAUCACGUGCUUGUUGUAUAAGUUGUUCGACUUGCCCAGGUACACUAAAUACUAAACCUUCUUCUAUACCUUGCAAUUUUUGUUCUAUCCUUAAGAGUGCCCUUUCUGCAGUUUUAUUCGUUUUGCUAUGAUCUAUUGAAAAAAGGAAAAUUAUUGGAAGAAUAUAUUUUGCUAGUACAGAUGUAGUUAAUGAAUAUAUAUUUAUAGAAAUAAAAUUCGUUUAAUACCUUCAUCAUCUUCAGAAGACAUUGCUGUAUUACCGGUUUGAAAAGUAUAUGCUUUUGCAGGAGUUAUAGCCCACGUAAAAAGAGGGUCAUAAAGAAGUACUUGAAGCAAUGUUAUAAUUAUUUGUCUUUGAUCUCGUAAUACUGUCAAUAUUUCCUCACAUCCUCUUCUCAUAAUACCUUCGACACCUGAGAUUCCCAUUGCGACUUCAAUGUCUCUUGUGAGACGAAAUGGUACAGUUUCAGGUAGUGGCAGAACUUUACCUUGUUCAAAUGCUAUGCCUGUUUAAAAUUUGGAUCAAUCUGUUACAAUUCUACAAUCCAUUCUAUAGUGUAUUUUCAUUAUAAUAUAUUAUGCAUAUUAUUUUUACCAAAAUCUAUAUGAAUCACUUCUCCAGUCAUCUGAUCCAUUAAUAUAUUACCAAGAUGCCUAUCUCCUAAACCUAAUAUAUAUCCUGCUAUAGAAGUUGUUGCUAUACUGGAAAAAUAGAUUAUAAUAUCUUAUUAAUAUUAAAUAAAUAUGAACUUUGUAAUAUUAUGAAGUCAUUUACCUGCGUGUAUAAGCUGAUCGUUUUUCGUACCACGUUUCAGGCGAUGGAUAUUUUUCAAUAAAGAAAUGAUGAAAAGCUGGACGCAUAUGUCUACAGCAUUCUAAAAACUGUUGUAGCUUGACAUCGUUUGAUUUUUUAGAAACUUCCUAAAAUUGUAUACGUUAUUGUUAUUUAUUUUCAAAAGUAAAAUGUAUAUGUAAACAUGAAAUAUUCCAUAAUCUUACGUCCAUCUUUUUUCUACACAUUAAUGCAGUAUAAUCAUGUGGAUUAUAUUUUUUAUGAACACCAGAAAUUCCAUCGCUACCUAUUAAUAUAGUCGCAAUAGGCAUUGUAUUAUGGCACCAUUCUAAUAUACCUGAUCUUUGUGUUAACGGUACUACCUGAAGAAUAAUACAUAGAUACAUAUAAUAAAAGUU